AUGUGGAACAUGCCGUCGCAAGAAGGCCCGUUGUCCUGAGAACGGCUUCCCGAGACAAGUUCUCAUGCUGAACGUUUGAAUGAUUAUUUCCCGACAACCCACGACGAUAUCAACCAGGGCGAUUCAACCCCUAACGCUGAUCAAACCGUAUGCCAUUCUGCGUAUGAUUCCCCUCUAUCUGCGCCAUUGAUUGGAUCUGAAGUGCAGGUAUAUUUGAACGACUUUCAUGAUCAGCCCUAUUGCGUCUUCUCAAAGGAAUGGCUUUUGGAAAACAAAAAGGAUCUCCCACCAGAGAUAGUUUUCCCACUGAUAGCUCUCACACGACGUCUCUCGGUGAAUUUUCCAGAUCCGAUAGAGGGCAUCCCAUCAAGGAGCAGUAAAUGUGCCGAGCGGGCGUGGCAGCUACUGUCGGUCAAGUAUCGUGAUGGCAAAACAGACCUUUCAUUUCUACAAGGCACCUUUCUUGUUGCUCAGCUUGAUUUUGCCGAUGGCAAUGUCCACCGGGGAUGUGCGUCAGUCGGCCUUGGUCUGCGGGUCAUCCAGUCAAAUGGGCUCAAUCACGGCAGGAUGCUUUCUUCCCUAGACAAGUCUGAAGCAGAAGCCUGGCGCCGUAUUACUUGGGCAUUCUUCGUGCUUGAUCGCACUUAUAAUGCAUCGCGAAACUACUCAAUAUGUCUAUCGGAUAAUCACUUCACACUUUCAUUCCCCUUGACAACAAUUGGUGAUCAUUCUCCCCGUGGGUUUUUACAUGACAAAUCACCGAACCACGAACAAAACGGCGACCUGGAUAUAUUAGCUUGUCUCUUACGACUCUACUCCCUAUGGGGCAAGGUAACGGAAUGGGUCUUUGAACCUCUAGAGACCAGCACUCUACCCCCUUGGCAUAGUGGAUCUUCACUGGCAGUUCUUGAAUCUGAAUGGAUGGAAUUCGAAACACGGUUUGCGAACGUUCACAGGUACAGAAACGUGGACUUCAAACGACGCGCUCGCGAAGAUCCCGAUUCUCGUCAAUACCUAUCAACCUGGCUGUGCGUGCAGUUUCUCUUCCAUUCAAUUCAGUGUCUCUUACAUCACCCCUUCGUGACAAUGGUCAAGCUGCGGCAUAUGAAAGGCAACUUGUCCGCAGCGUUUCUUCAGAAAUCAUUUGAAUCAUCGUUGCUUCAUUCGCGAUGGAUAGCAAGAUUCAUAAGGGAAAUGACGGAGGUGGAGUUGCGUAUUUGUGAUCCGUUUGUUGGGUAUCUUGCUGCUAUUGCGGCCACUAUUCAGCUCGAGCAUACGGGUAACAAAAACCCCAAAAUUGCUCUGUUGCUGAAUAGUGAAUAUCGUGUUCUUGUCGGGUUCAUAACGAAUCUGUCCUUACAGUGGGGGAGUAUGAAGGUCUUGGUUCGUCGAGUAAAUGAAUUGGCAUCUCGGCAUCAGAAUUAUGGAUCGCUGUUCUAUAAUCAGGAUGGGUUCUCGGGUGAAUUGUCUAGCAUGGCAACACCCUCUAAUCUUCCGAGGAUGUCAGCGCAGGAUGAGGCUCUUAUGUGGGAUAUCCUCGAUCUUACUUCUUGUGGCUCUGGUCCGCAAAGCAUCACUAAACCGCCUGCUACUACCUCCAUUGCAGCAGAAAUACCGAACCUCGAUACUCCAGCCCCGGGGGAAGCGGUUCUUGGGGAAGUUGAACCGGCAAUUAUUGAUGGGGCUACAGGGGAGUGGCCUUUUGAGCAUCGAGGCCUCGGACUUGGAACAGGCGUGCCGGAUAUUCCAGACUGGAUGAUCUUUGGAGACUUCAUGUCGGAGCACCUUUGA